ACAGCUCCCCGCAUGCUGUUUCCUGUCACAGGGAACUCUGGCUCUAUGGCUACCAAGAUCCCAAAUAAGAAAUUUAGGAAAUGUCAGUGUGACACACACCAUACUAAGAGUAUCCUGUAUCAGAUCCUUAACAAAGAGCAUGAAAGUGAGACCAAGUGGCACCAGCAGCAUCACAACCCCCACUGCUCCACAGGAAUCAAGGACUGCUCUUGCUUGGACAGGAGAAGAGUUGUCCUGAAAACACCAGAAGCCACGUGCAGAAGAGCUUCUGGAGUGCUCUUGAAGACUUCAAUUUUUAUUAGAAACCUGCCUUCUUUUUAUCACAUGCCUUUGGAUGAUCAGCUUGUUCUCAUACAGCAGAACUGGGCCCCUCUUUUUGUCCUGGGCAUGGCACAAGAAGGGGUGGAUUUUGAUCUGAGAGAGAUUUCAGUCCCUAGUUUAUUGAAAAAAAUCCUCCUCAAUCAGUCUUUGACAGCUAACAAUGAACUGGGCAGCUCAUCACCAGGAACAUCUUUGGCAAAAGUUCAGAAGAUGAAGAAUCUCUUGUGGAAAUGCUGGGACCUGGACAUAAGUGCAAAAGAAUAUGCCUAUCUUAAAGGAAUUAUUCUUUUUAAUUCUGGAUGCUGUGUCCUAAAAUGUCUCCCCUAUGUACAAACAAUGCAGCAGGAAGCUCAGCAAGCCUUGAUGGAGUUUGUCUCACAAAUGUUCCAUGGAAACCUGGCCAGGUUUGCUUCAAUCCUUCAGCUAAUCACUUCUCUUCGAGACAUUGAUGCAGAUGCUAUUGAAGAGGUCUUCUUCAGGCCCAUUCUAGGAGAGGCCAUCCUAAACGUAUUACUUCUAGAAACACUAUAUAUCAAGCCAGACUGCCUUUGAAAACAGAUGACAUCUGAGCUCUCAAAUACCUAUUUUUGAAGAGAUGAGAGGUUAUUAUGAGCUAAAUAAACACAUUUCAAACAAAUCAUUGAUGCAUCUUUGUAAGCCAUAUUUUUUUUUAUGAAGUAUUUUUUUAAUGUUUUAGAAUUAAAGCAGAGAAAUCUAA